CAUCUCAUCAACCAUCGCACCUUCUCCUCCUCCCUAUUCCAAACAUUCACUUCUCCAAUGGGUGGCACUAAAAUUCAUCUUGCUUUAAGCAUAAUAGUAUUUAGUCUUCUCAUCGGUAAUGGUUCUACUUACGAGUUCAAGGUUGGAGGCUCAGUCGGAUGGACAGUUCCCGCAGAUUCUAAUCCUGUCGACUACAAACAUUGGGCAGAAAAGAAUCGGUUUCAAAUUGGAGACACACUUUUGUUUACAUAUGGAGGAAGCAACGACUCUGUUCUAUAUGUAACAAAGGAAGACUAUGACAAUUGCACCACAUCGAAUCCAAUCGACACGUUCACCAAUGGUUACAGCGUGUUUAAGUUCCAACAUUCCGGACAUUACUAUUUCAUAAGUGGAAACAAAGAUAACUGUCUUAAAAAUGAGAAGAUUGAGGUUAUUGUGUUGGCUGAUCGGAACAACAAGUCAGCACCUCCUUCCCCUGCUCCGGUUGGCGAGAAAUCUCCAUCUCCGCCGCCAAAUAGAUCGUCGGAGGACGAUAAUCCUUCACCAGCUCCCAAUGUUCAACAAGACAUACCUACUUCAAAUACAGCAUCUUCAACCGUUAUGAGUUCCAUGGGAGCUUUUAUUAUUGGUUCAUAUGUUAUUGUUUCUUUUGUCUAAAUGAUUCCUUGUUUUGAGGAUCCUCUAAAUAAAAUAAAAGAUCAUGUAUAUUAUUUAUAUUUUUUUUGGUU